AGUCAUUUCCAGCACUUCAGCCAUUCGUGCCCCCAUAACCAAAAAGCUGCUAAUUCAGCUUCAUCUUCGAUUCUUCAUCUUCAUCCACCCUUGAAAAACGCUUUGAUAAUCUCAGGGAAGUAAGCAGCUGGAGAUAUGAACUACACAAACACAAACUUAGCUCCUGCAACUUCACUCAAUCCUUUAAAUCACCAUCAGCAGCAGAACCAAAUUAUGGUUCCAAUUCCUCCACUGCCACCACUCCCACCCAAUCUACCUUGCGCAGAUCUAAUUGAAGGAAGUAGAGAAGACUACAUCAAGAUUGGUGUUCCACUUUAUGAAGCAUCAAUCAAAGGUCAUUGGAAAGCUGCUAAAGCCAUCCUUGACCAGAAACCAGAGCUGAUACGUUUUGCUAUCACCGAAAACUACGAAACGCCACUUCACAUUGCAGCAUCAGCAGAAAGCACCAAGUGUGUGGAAGAGUUUGUGGAAAAUCUAGUGAAUUUGAUGGACAAGAACGAUCUGGAAUUACAAAAUAAAACUUGCAACACCGCCCUCAGUUUAGCAGCUGCAGCGGGAAAUGUCAAAACCGCCAAAAUAAUGGUGAAAAAGAACAGGGCCGUAUUGGAUAUCCCGGGUAGUAAUAGAAUGAUGCCACUCUAUAUGGCUGCUUUAUUUGCAAAAUCUGAUAUGGUGAAGUAUCUCUAUGAAAAUUCUAAGAAAAUGUCCGGCGAUUACUGGACACCUGAGAAUCGGGGCUGGGUUCUACAAAAAUGUGUUGAAGCUGAUAUUUUUGAUGUUGCUCUAAAUAUAGUGAGUGAUCUCCCUGAACUCACUGCCAAGAAGAGGUUACUCAUGGAGAUACUCUCAGUUUUGGCUCAAAAGACUCGAGCAUUUAAAAGAAUAAAGCCAAAUUUUAUGUCGAGAAUCAUAAAGUCAAUCUCUUAUGUGAAGAUAGGCCAUGUUGAAAAAGAAAGUGACGCCUUGCAAUUAUUAAGAGUAAUUUGGCAAAAGAUUGCCAUAAUGCCUAAGAAUGAGAUCGAUGACAUAAUCCGAGGGCCACCUGGAGAAGUUAGAGUGCCAGGAGGCAGAAUAAAAGGGUACCCUUCCCGUGUACUCUUUCUUGCUGCAAAAAUGGGCAACACAAGAUUUAUACUUGAGCUCAUUCGGUCAUAUCCCGAUAUAAUAUGGAAGGUAGAUGACAAAGGGCAAACUAUAUUUCACAUAGCUGUCAAACGUCGUCACGCGAAGAUUUAUAACUUGUUGUACGAGAUUGGCUCAAUGAAAGAUCUCAUAACUCCACUUAAAGACAAAAAAGACAAUAACAUGUUGCAUUUAGUUGCAAAGAGUGCAAAGCCAAAACGAUUUCAAAAUGUGUCGGGAGUUGCUCUACAAAUGCAACGGGAGCUGUUAUGGUUCAAGGAGGUCGAGCAGAUGAUCCCUCCUAAUUAUCGACAACGGAAGAACAAAGAUGGGGAAAUACCGCAUGAUUUGUUCACCAAGAAGCACGAAAGAUUAGUCGCUCAAGGUGAGGAGUGGAUGAAAAACACAGCUUCUCAAUGCAUGGUGGUUGCAACCCUCAUAUCUACGAUAGUAUUCGCAGCUGCUUUUACACUUCCGGGUGGAUACAACCAAAACACCGGUGUUCCUUUUUUCCGCCAGAAACCAGCCCUGAUUGUUUUCGUGAUUUCAGAUGCCAUUUCGUUAAUAUUCUCUUCAACCUCGGUCCUCAUGUUCCUAUCGAUCCUCACAUCGCGCUAUGCGGAACGUGAUUUCUUGGAAUCAUUACCCAAAAAACUGAUGUUUGGCCUUGCAACUCUCUUCCUCUCUAUUUUCACCAUGAUGGUUGCAUUUAGUGCCAGUUUCUUCGUACUUUACACCAAGAAUUUGAAAUGGGUGCCCAUCAUUGUUGCGGGUCUUGCUGCUAUGCCGGUCAUUCUAUUUGCCAUACUGCAAUUUCGUCUUUUAGGUGACGUCUUUUACUCCACAUAUCGGUCUAGAUAUCUCUUUAAGCCCAAGAAACGUGUUCUUUAUUUUUGAGUUUUCUGAGGAUCACUGUGAUAUUAUGUUCCAAGAUGUAUGUAUGUGUAAUAUCAUUUCAUGCUGAUAAUCCACAUGAAUGUUAUGC